UUCCUGGGCAAUACCUGAUAAAAGCAUUUACGAUUCUGUUGCAUUCUCGAACUGGUUGAAACCUGCAAGUUUACUAGUUGUAACUGGCACUUCUUGCUUUGGUAUGAUGAAAUCUACCUAACAAGAUGUGAUGUGAGCAAGCAGUGUCAACCAGUCGAGCAUGCCAGAGAAAAGAUUUUUUUUUUUUUUUUUGCGGGAACAUAGAAAAGAUUUUUAAAAGCUACAGAAAAGGCGUUCCUAAAGAAGAAAGAAACACGAGAAAUAAAAAUAGCAACGGUCACCUCACUGGAGAGUGGAGAGUGGAGAGUGACUGGCAAUAUAAUAUAAUAUAACACGGUGGCCUUCCCGACACAGCUCCCGAAGCGAAGCGAGCCCCCACCUCCCUCGCCACGUCACCACCCCCUUCUUCUCUCGCACCCCACCUCCCCUUGCCCCCUCCUCCGCCGCCAUGGGCCGCCGCGCGCCAUCGUCGACGAGCUCGUCGGAGCUCCGGCGCAAGCGCACGGCGGCGCCUCCCCCCUCGCCCCCGACGCCCCGGCGCUUCUGCUCGAUCUCCGACGUCAUGCGCCGCUCCCUUCCCGUCGACGCGCCGCCCCCCGUCGCCCGCGCGCACGAGGCCAUCUACGACAGAAUUCUCUGCGACGUGUGCGGCUCCGGCGACCGUGACGAGGAGAUGCUUCUCUGCGACGGCUGCGACCGAGGCCGCCACAUCUUCUGCCUCCGCCCCAUCGCCGCCAGGGUCCCGACCGGCCCCUGGUUCUGCCCCGCCUGCGCCCCGCCCGCCAAGCCCCUCAAAAGGUUUCCGAUGAAGCAGACAAAGAUCAUUGAUUUCUUCCGGAUUCAGAAGGAUGACCAGGAUGUCGAGGCGGCAAAAUGUAGGCUCUCCCAAGAUGCUCGGAGGCGAAGGAAGCGUUCACUCGUUAUGCACAAGAAGAGGAGGAGGAUACUGCCAUUUGUCCCAACCAAAGAUAGAGCUCAAAGGCUCAAACAAAUGGCUUCUCUGGCCACUGCUUUGACAUCUUCAAAAACGGAGUUCAGCAAUGAGUUGACUUACAUGCCUGGUAUGGCCCCUAGAUCUUCCAAUCAGGCAAGAUUGGAGGAAGGUGGUAUGCAGGUCCUUACCAAAGAGGAUAAAGAAACCAUAGGAUUGUGCAGAACCAUGCAACAAAGAGGAGAAUGCCCUCCACUUCUUGUGGUUUUUGAUUCCCGUGAAGGUUUCACUGUGCAGGCUGAUGCAGAUAUUAAGGAUAUGACUUUCAUCGCUGAAUAUAUCGGGGAUGUUGAUUAUUUGGAGAACAGGGCAAAUGACGAUUGCGACUGUCUAAUGACACUUCUGUUGACAGAAGAUCCUUCCAAAAGGCUGGUUAUUUGCCCUGACAAACAUGGAAACAUUUCUCGCUUCAUUAAUGGCAUUAAUAACCACACUCCGGAUGGCAAGAAGAAGCAGAAUGUUAAAUGUGUCCGGUACGACAUUGAUGGGGAGAGCCAUGUCUUGUUGGUUGCAUGCCGUGAUAUAGCUUGUGGUGAAAAGCUAUAUUACGAUUACAAUGGAUAUGAGCAUGCGUACCCUACUCAUCAUUUCCUCUAACUUAACCCAAAUUUUUUUGACCUGCCCAAUAUUAAGGAAUCUGGGCAAAAUAGGGCUUAUUGGCAAUAUUUCCAGCUUUGCCACCAAAAUUUAAUAAUUUAUAUACUGUCUGAUGGUACAAAUGACAAAUUUAAUCAAUUUUCAGAAGAGAAAUUGAUAGGUGCUGGUGACUGGUUGCGAAGUAAUUAUCUUCAUUGAGUUAGUGGAGCCAAGAGGAAUCUUCAUUGUUCCUGCUCUCAAGAUGCAUCUUCUCAUUCAUAUUCUUUUUUUUUAUUAUUCAGGGAUUCACAUCCCUUUUGUGAGAGUAAAUAUUUAUGUGUCUAUUUAUAAGAAUGUUGCAGUAGAGCUAACUGUUCCCGGUUAAAGGCACAUUUCAAAUGGAUAGUAAAAUUUUCUUC